AUGGAUAAAUUCCGGAUGAUCUUCCAGUUCCUUCAGUCCAAUCAGGAGUCCUUCAUGAACGGGAUCUGUGGGAUCAUGGCCCUGGCCAGUGCCCAGAUCUACUCGGCCUUCGACUUCAACUGCCCCUGCCUGCCCGGCUACAACCUGGCUUACAGCGCGGGCAUCCUCCUGGUGCCCCCGGCCGUGCUCUUCCUGCUGGGCCUGGUCAUGAACAACAACGUGUCCGUGCUGGCUGAGGAGUGGAAGCGGCCACCGGGCCAGCGGGGCAAGGACCCCUCCGUGCUGCGCUACAUGUUCUGCUCCAUGGCUCAGCGGGCCAUGAUCGCCCCCGUCGUCUGGAUCUCCGUCACCCUGCUGGACGGCAAGUGCUUCGUGUGUGCCUUCAGCACGGCCGUGCCCGUGGAGGCCCUGGGCAACGCCAGCCACCCGGGGCUGGCGGAGCGGGAGCUGGGCAAGAUGCUGGCACGGAUUCCCUGCCAGGAGAUCUACGACGGGAACCAGUUGCUGGCCAGGGGGGUGGCCGUGCGCUACCUGCGCUGCAUCUCCCAGGCUCUGGGCUGGUCCUUCGUGCUGCUGAUGACCCUACUGGCAUUUGUGGUGCGCUCCGUUCGGCCCUGCUUCACCCAGGCGGCUUUCCUCAAGAGCAAGUACUGGUCCCAUUACAUCGACAUCGAGCGCAAGCUCUUCGACGAAACCUGCACGGAGCACGCCAAGACCUUUGCCAAGGUCUGCAUCCAGCAGUUCUUUGAAGCCAUGAACCAGGACCUGGCCCUGGGCCACUCCCACCCGCCCCCCCCGAAGCCCGCCCCAGAGGCAGAGGGCGAGAAGGAGAAGCUGCGGGGCAUCACGGACCAGGGCACCGUGAACAAACUGCUCAAGAGCUGGCACAAGUGCAAGCCGCCUCUCCGCCUGGACCCGGACGGGCCGCUCACCGGGAACGGCUGGACCAGGGUGGGAUUGGGGGAGGAACUCAGCCAGACCCCCGCUCCCAGAAAGGAGGUGGCCGUCUACUACAGUAAGCCAGUGAGUCAGUGGGCGGCCCGCCAGGAAGCUGCCCAAAAGGCGCUCCGCCCCCCCCGGGGCCCCCGCCCCGGGAACCCCGCCCAAGGCCUCCGAGCCUCGGGACCCUCAGGCCGCGCCCUGCGAGAUUCGGGACCCCUAGGCCUCGGGCUCCCAGCCUCGGGACCCUUAGACCGCCGGCUCCGAGAGUCAGAAACUUCAGACCGCAGGCUGCGAGAUUCGGGACCCUUAGACCUCAGGCUCCGAGCCUCGGGACCCUUGGACCGCGCCCUUCGAGAUUCAGGCCCCGCAGGCUGCGAGAUUCGGGACCCUUAG